GGCUUCCGGUUUGAGGAGGCGUGGCGUGUGAGAGUUAGAUUGUUCAGUGUGUGUCUCUGUAUGGGAGGAGAUCUCAGUGUGCAGUAACAUGUGUGUGUGUGUAGCCGGGAGACUAGUUGUGUAUCGUGCACGCCAUAUGCGUGGAACCUGAAUGGCAGGCUCCACUUUUGCACAUUUUGCAACUUUGAAUUUAUUGCUGCAAUAGUAUCUGAAUAUCAAUCCUUAUUUGUUCUCUAACUCUGGGGAAGGCUACGAGCCUUCCCCUCUACCCACACAUACAAACCAGAUAUGGCUGACCCUAUCAUGGACCUCUUUGAUGAUCCAAACCUAUUUGGCCUUGACUCUCUCACUGGAGAUUCCUUUGGACGGGAUGGGCCAGACACUAUAGAUGAUGCUCUAGGCCUGGGUAAUGUCUUGGGACCUUUGGAGCCGAUAACAGACAGAGUUGGCCUGCCUGGUGCUGAUGUUGGCAAUAAUGAAGUUAAACAACAAACAGAGUCACAGGUUCUCCCGGACAAUCCAGCUCUUAUGUCAGCUACUGAGAUCAUGCAGCCCAUUCAACUUCCCACAAACCAGGAAACACUGAACCAAGGAAAUCCCUUUAUGGGUGCCUCAAAUGCUGGAGCCCCAAAAAUUAUGAUUCUGAAAGCUCCUGCUGGAAUGACAGUUGGUGCAUGUCCUGUAACUCAGAUACAAACUCUGACACCUCACCAAGCUGCUAAUGGUGGCAAGGUGGCAUUUGCUAAGGUGCUUACAGGAACCCCAUUGCGUCCUGGGGUCUCAAUUGUAUCUGGAAACACUGUCCUUGCCAAAAUGCCAAGCACUGGAGUUGCAGGGCAGGUAGGAGCAGUGAGGCCUGUCCGUCAGCUACUUCUUCAACCAGUGCGUGCCUCCGCAGCCCCAGGAAGCUCCGAGAGUAAUACAGGGAUCAAGCCUGCAAUCACACUAACGUCAGCACCUCAACAGGGGGACCCUAAAAGAAUUACUCUCGUCCUACAGCAGCCUUCCCAAGUUGGUGCAACUGCACAACAAGGGCAGCGUCAUGUUGUGCUGGGUGGGCUUCCAGGAAAGAUUGUCCUUCAGGGAAACCAACUGGCAGCUCUCACACAAGCUAAAACCCCUCAAGGUCAGCCAGCUAAAGUAGUGACUAUCCAGCUGCAAGUCCAGCAGCAGCCUGGGGCUGCAGGUCAGACUCCUCAAAAGUUUCAGAUUGUACAACAAGCCCCAGGAGGUGUGGCAAUUGCUCCCAGUGGGCAACAUACACACAUGCUUAAUCAACAAGGAGUUCAGAGGCUUUCUGUUCCACUCAAAGUUGUUCUGCAACCACAGGCUGGUUCCUCUCAGGGUACUGCGCAGGGCCUGUCAGUUGUGAAAGUUCUAAAUGCAAGUGAAGUUGCCAAUUUGACUGCAAGUCAGACUGUGGUUAAAACAUCCACUGGAGGUGGUGAAUCUCGUAAGCUGGACAGCCAGAAGAAGCAAGAGAAAGCUAACCGUAUUGUAGCUGAAGCUAUUGCCAGGGCCCGAGCCAGAGGUGAACAGAAUAUUCCUCGGGUCCUGAAUGAGGAUGAGCUUCCCAGUGUGAAUCCUGAAGAUGAUGAUGGAAGCAGGCGGAAAAGGAAGAAGAAGAAAGGAGAGACUAGUGAUAGGUCCAAGGAUGAGAAACCUAAGAAGGUCAAAGGUAGUGGAAGCUUAAGGUCUAGGAGCAAAGGCAAACCAAGUACUAUCACUCCUAUUGUGGGUAAGAAAAGGAAGAGAAACCCAUCUUCCGAUAAUUCUGAUGCUGAGAUCAUGGCAUCACAGGCUUCUCCUGCAGAGGAUGAAGACAGUGUCCAGAAGAGACGUUCAAAUCGCCAGGUGAAGCGCAAGAAGUAUACAGAGGAUUUGGAUAUUAAAAUAACAGAUGAUGAAGAUGAUGAGGAGGUAGAUGUGACGGGACCUGUGAAAACAGAACCUGUGCUGCUUCCUGAGCCCAUGCCUUUACCUGACAGUGAGGCAGUCCCUUCAAUGCAGUUCUUCGUGGAGAACCCAAGUGAAGAAGAUGCUGCUAUUGUUGACAAAAUACUCUCUAUGCGCCUAGCUAAAAAAGAGCUGCCCACUGGAGAGUAUGUUGAAGUUGAAGAGUACUUUGUCAAAUAUAAAAAUUAUUCCUACCUACACUGUGAAUGGGCCACAAUUGAGCAACUGGAAAGGGACAAGCGUAUUCAUCAGAAACUGAAAAGAUUUAAGACAAAGAUGACCCAGAUGCAGCAUUUCUUGCAAGAAGAUGAAGAAUCUUUCAAUCCAGACUAUGUAGAGGUAGAUCGAAUCCUAGACGAAUCUCACAGCACUGACAAGGACAAUGGUGAACCGGUGGUGUAUUACCUAGUAAAAUGGUGCUCUUUACCUUAUGAAGAUAGCACAUGGGAGCUGAAAGAAGAUGUUGAUGAUGGAAAGAUAGAGGAAUUCAAACGAAUAGAGGCGAGGCAGCCAAAUCUCAAACGCGUGGCCCGCCCAGCUGCUACAUCAUGGAAGAAGCUGGAAUUGUCUCGGGAGUAUCAGAAUGGCAACCAGUUGAGAGAAUACCAGCUGGAAGGUGUUAAUUGGCUUCUCUUUAACUGGUACAAUAGGCAAAACUGCAUUUUGGCAGAUGAAAUGGGUUUGGGGAAGACCAUCCAAUCUAUCACAUUCUUACAAGAAGUAUAUAAUGUGGGAAUACGGGGACCUUUUUUAGUAAUUGCUCCACUUUCCACCAUCACGAACUGGGAGAGAGAGUUUGGCAGUUGGACUCAAAUGAAUACUAUUGUGUAUCAUGGCAGCCUUGCUAGUCGCCAAAUGAUCCAGCAAUAUGAGAUGUACUGUAAGGACUCCAAGGGUCGUCUUAUUCCUGGUGCGUACAAGUUUGAUGCUCUUAUUACAACUUUUGAAAUGGUGCUGUCUGAUUGCCCAGAGCUGCGUGAAAUUGAGUGGCGCUGUGUCAUAAUUGAUGAGGCUCAUCGGCUCAAAAACAGAAACUGCAAACUACUGGACAGCCUAAAGCACAUGGACUUGGAGCACAAAGUCCUUUUAACAGGCACUCCAUUACAGAACACCGUGGAAGAGUUGUUCAGUCUUUUGCAUUUCCUGGAGCCAACACAAUUUUCCUCUGAAGCAGAGUUUCUUAAGGACUUUGGAGACCUGAAGACAGAGGAACAGGUGCAGAAAUUACAGGCCAUCUUAAAACCUAUGAUGUUGAGGCGAUUAAAGGAAGAUGUUGAGAAAAACCUGGCCCCGAAACAAGAAACUAUAAUUGAGGUUGAGCUUACUAACAUCCAGAAGAAGUAUUACCGAGCAAUACUGGAGAAGAAUUUUUCUUUUCUGACCAAAGGAGCUAGUCAAUCCAACACACCCAACUUGCUCAAUACCAUGAUGGAACUACGCAAAUGCUGCAACCACCCAUACCUCAUCACUGGAGCAGAAGAAAAGAUCAUAUCUGAGUUCCGAGAAGCAACUCCAGUAGUUCCCCCUGACUUUCACGUCCAAGCAAUGGUACGCUCCUCUGGCAAACUGGUGCUAAUAGAUAAGCUGCUCCCUAAACUAAGGGCUGGAGGCCACAAAGUUCUCAUCUUUUCUCAGAUGGUACGGUGCCUGGACAUCCUGGAAGACUAUCUCAUUCAGAGAAGGUACCUUUAUGAGCGUAUUGAUGGACGUGUCCGUGGCAACAUGCGUCAGGCAGCCAUUGAUAGAUUCAGCCGCCCAGAUUCUGACCGAUUUGUGUUUCUACUCUGUACACGAGCUGGUGGGCUUGGAAUUAACUUGACAGCUGCUGAUACUUGUAUUAUAUUUGACUCGGACUGGAACCCUCAAAAUGACCUUCAGGCUCAAGCUCGAUGUCAUCGUAUUGGGCAAAGCAAAGCCGUUAAAAUUUACAGACUCAUCACUCGCAACUCCUAUGAGAGAGAGAUGUUUGAUAAGGCCAGUCUCAAACUAGGACUAGACAAAGCUGUAUUGCAGUCUAUGAGUGGUCGGGAUAAUCACCUUAGUGGGCCUAUUCAGCAAUUCACAAAGAAAGAAAUUGAAGACUUGCUAAGGAAAGGAGCUUAUGCUGCAAUCAUGGAUGAAGAUGACGAAGGCUCUAAAUUCUGUGAAGAAGAUAUUGACCAAAUUUUACUGAGGCGUACCACGACUAUUACCAUAGAGUCAGAGGGAAAGGGCUCAACCUUCUCCAAGGCAAGUUUUGUUGCUUCUGAGAACAGGACUGAUAUAUCCCUAGAUGAUCCUAAUUUCUGGCAAAAGUGGGCCAAGAAAGCAGACUUAGACUUGGAUCUUCUUAGCAGCAAGAAUACACUGGUUAUUGAUACCCCACGUAUCAGGAAGCAAACACGGCACUUUACUAACAAAGAUGAUGACAUGGUUGAGUUCUCAGAUUUGGAGAGUGAUGAUGAUGAUCGCCCCAAAGCUCGGCGUCAAGACCGCAAGCAUGGAUAUGGACGUACAGAUUGCUUCCGUGUGGAGAAGCAUUUGCUUGUUUAUGGAUGGGGUCGCUGGCGAGAUAUCCUUACUCAUGGUCGUUUCAAGCGUGGUAUGAAUGAGCGUGACGUGGAGAAAAUAUGUAGAGCCAUACUGGUUUAUUGUCUUUUGCACUACCGGGGAGAUGAAAACAUAAAGAGCUUUAUCUGGGAUCUAAUUACACCAGCUGAGAAUGGCAAAACUAAGCAGCUACAGAACCACUCUGGAUUGUCUAUUCCUGUCCCCCGUGGUCGUAAGGGGAAAAAAGUGAAAUCCCAAAGCAGCUUUGACAUACAUAAAGCCGAUUGGAUACAUAAGUACAACCCAGAUACCUUGUUCCAAGAUGAAGGGUACAAGAAACAUCUCAAGCAUCAAUGUAACAAGGUGCUGCUUCGCGUUCGUAUGUUAUAUUUUCUUCGUCAGGAAGUUAUUGGAAACCAGGCAAUGAAAGUUUUAAGUGGUGUAGAGGCCAGGCAAAUUGACAUCUGGUUCCCACAGGUGGACCAGGUUGAAGUUCCCUCACGCUGGUGGGACAGAGAAGCUGAUAAAUCUCUUCUUAUCGGGGUCUUUAAACAUGGUUAUGAGAAGUAUAACACCAUGCGAGCUGACCCUGCACUCUGUUUUUUGGAGAAGGUGGGGGGACCAGAUGAACAGGCUAUUGCAGCUGAGCACCAUGCUCAAGACUUUUCUGAACUCCCUGAUGGUGGGGACUUUGAUCGAGACAUAGAAGAUCCAGAAUACAAGCCACUUCAUGCACAGAAAGAUCCUGAGGAUGAGAUCGACUCUUUAAUGAUGGAUGAAGAAAUCUCUGUUGUUGACGGUGAAGAAGCAACAGCAAUGCCCAGUGGUAUGUUAUGGCCACCUGGCUCUGCUCUCACAGCUCGUCUACGGCGUCUAAUUACUGCCUACCAACGCAGCUACAAAAGAGAACAACUAAAAUUGGAGGCUGAAGAGCGUGGGGACAAACGUAGAAAACGAUGUGAGGCAGCCUUUAAACUGAAAGAAAUUGCCCGUAGGGAGAAACAGCAAAGGUGGACCCGAAGGGAGGCAUGUGACUUUUUUCGUGUGCUGUCCAGCUUUGGUGUCGAGUAUGACCCCGAUACUCAACUGUAUGACUGGCAGAGGUUCCGUGGUCUGGCAAGACUGGACAAGAAGACAGAUGAGUCACUGCUCAAAUACUUCCAUGGAUUUGUGGCAAUGUGCCGCCAGGUUUGCCGCUUACCCCCUGCUGCCGGAGACGAGCCACCAGAUCCAUCUCUCUUCAUUGAGCCAAUUUCAGAAGAGCGAGCAUCUCGCGCCCUGUUUCGCUUGGAUCUUCUUCGUAGGGUGCGUGAGCAAGUACUUUGUCAUCCUUUGCUUAUUCCUCGUUUGUCACUGUGCCGGCCAGACCCAGAACUCCCAGAAUGGUGGGAGAGUGGACGUCAUGACAAUGAGCUUCUUCAGGGAGCAGCACGUUAUGGUCUGAGCCGUACAGACCUCACUAUACUGCAGGACCAUGCAUUUUCUUUUUUGCGGUGUCAGAUCAGUUAUUUCCAGUCAAGGGGAAUAUCUGGCCAUUCUCGCCCUUCUACUCCAACUACUGCCCCUUCAGUGCCUACUGAACGUCAGCCUUCUCAUCUAGCCUCCCUUUCCUCAUCUGUCAGCUGUUCUCCUGCUCCACGCAGAUCCUCUUCCUGCUCAUCAUCAUCUCACUCAUCAAACUCUGAGGAUUCUUCAGAUGAAAGCAAUGGUGUAAAAGUAAAACCUAAUGCAGGUCUUUCGCACGCUCGACUGUAUGAUGAGGAGAGCCGGCUUUCUCUUACUGCCUCCCCUGCAGAUCUCACUACAGAGGACAGUAUUCAGACAGCGCUGGAGACCCCGCACAGUACAGACUGGCCAAAGGACCGUGUCCUUAUCUGCAGAAUUGAGCAAGUAUGCAGUGCCGUUCUUACUGGCAAAUGGUCCUCACCACGACGACUGUCAGAUCCACCAAGUGACAGCCCUGAUAGCUUGCCUCCAACCCCAGAGCAGCAGAGUCCAGCCCACUUCACACAGAUAAGACCUGCACCGGACCCCAAAGAGUUUACCAUUCAAAUAAAAAGUGAAGAAGGCCUGAAGAUUAAAUUUCAGAAGCACAAAUUUAUGGGUAAUGGAGCUCUUGAUUCUGCACCUCAUACCCAGAAGAAAAAGAGCAAGAAAAAGAUGGAUCUUGACAUGGACACACGAAUUCCCGUUGUAAACCAGAAGGAUGGGACCUUGUUGUUAGGGGAAGAAGCCCCUUUACGCUGCCAGCUGCCCGAGUGGUUACACAGAAAUCCUGACUUCAUGGUUGACCCACGCUUUAUUGCGUUUAUGGAAGACCGCAGGAAAAGAAAAAAACAUCGAAGCAAAAAGUCCAAAUCCUCCUCCCAGAUUGGAAACGUACAGAAUCCCCACUCCCACAAUGGAAAGAAGUCUUCCCACACAGAAAACUCUUUCGAGACGCAACACCUUCCUACUGCAGCCAAAAAAAGGAAGAAACGCCCUCCUUCAAAAAUAAUAAUGCCAUCUGCACUACAUGGAGCUGGUGAUGUUACACAUUCCUUCUCAGACCUUCAACCUGACCAUUCUGGUCACCCCAUGCGGUCAGUGUAUGGACCAUCAGAUGGAGGGCUGUCCCAUCAAGCAGGACUCAGCGGGUUGGGAUUUACCCGCUUUCAUUCAUCGCAGACAUCUUCAGUGGGCAGAAUCCAUGGCACUACCUUUGAUGAGUUACAAAGUUUUGAGCCCCCACAACAACAUUUUUCUCUGCUUGAUGAUCCUAUGAUGCCAGCAAAUUCCUCCUCCAGCGGUGAUGAACUGGACAGACCAUGACGGGACUUUUGCCCCUGAUGGGGAGCAAUGAACUAUAUACACAGAUAAACAGGGCCAGGACAUCUCUUUACAGAGAUCUAUUCUGUCACCGUCUUCUCACCAGACAUUCUUUUGAUUUUGUUUUGUUUUCCCCUUUUCCCUGCUACAGAAACUGUCCAACAUCAAAUUAUUCCCUGCAGCAGGGUUUAUUUUGGGUCAUAUGGAUAAUGAAUUGAGCCUCUAAGACUUUUUUUUUUUUAUAUUAAUAUUAUUAACUCUUUGAUCAAGGGGGGCUUGUACCACAUUCUGACAUGAAUUUGAGAAGUCUUACAGUGCAAUAAAGUACUUCAGGAACUGGGUGACUAGAACCAUCUUAAGUUUGGGGGUUCUCCACUAUUCACUCAGCCCUGCUGUGCAUAACUCGCAUAUGUCACUGAUGGGUGCUCUGGCAAAGAGUUGUCACAGUAAAGUGGCUGUUCUUGCAUAGUACAAAAUCAGCUUUCCCAAGCAGAGGCUAUCCUGUGUGGUGGAAUAUAUGAUGGAGGGUAGAGACUUUGGUGUGUACAAGCAAGAUGAUAUUGGAGGGUGGACACUGACCUUUGGUGCAGAAUGGAGAUGAGAGACACAGAGUCUUUCAUCCUUUGCAAUAUCAAUAAAUUCACUGACUUAAAAUAAUGUGUCUUGACUUAAAUUUAGGAACAAGCACUUAAAUGUGUCAGAAUUUUUCUCCAAAACACACCUCCCUCUACUCAAGAAAAAACAUUGCUUUUGCUCAAAGAUCUAAAUGUAGCUUAAUUUAUCACAAGUAUUGUUUUCUAAAUAAACAUCCUGGUAAAAAAAUGUGCUCUUUAAA